UCGUAGGAGUUGUAUUGUUGGGGGAGAAAGCAAAAGCAAAAGCAAUUAGACGCUUAAAAAAAGAAAGCAACCUGAAGCGUUAUUUGCGGGGGGGUAUCUGUUAAAAUCGGGUUGAGAUUGACGAUAUUGGUGUGGAUUUUGAUCAUCUUAAAACAUGGAGAGAAAUGGCGAUUGUUUCGUUCCAGAUAUAUCUCCCCCAGAUAUCAACAUUCAGCUUCAAUCCCCAAUUCUCACUCCCAUUCUCUUCUUGGACCAUGUCGGCGAAGUUGUUCUCUCCCUCAAUCCCGACGGCUUGUCUUGGAAAUCCAUCGAACCCCUAUCCAAUGAGCAGAAUGAAUCAUCUUGUCUGGGCAUAAAACUUGCUUCUAAAAAAGAAACUGAUAUCAAAUUUUCUGAUGUAUAUGCUGUUGAGUAUAUAGACUGGGGUUUGGUUCAUGAAUCUAUUCCUGGAAAUGCUGGAGGACGUCUUUUGGGUCAUGGAUCUGAGAUGUACCGCUUUGUGGUGCAUGGGUUCCAGAGGUCAAAGUCUCAACCUUGUCUUUGGGCCCCAUCUGUGUACACUUUUGGUCACAAAGAUUUGGAUGCAUGCCAGAUGUGGGUUAAUCAGAUCACUACUUCUGUAAAUGUGGAAACGGGGCGAGAGCGACCAAAGAGUCUUCUGGUUUUUGUUAAUCCAAAGAGCGGGAAAACAAAUGGAUGUAGAACUUGGGAAGUAGUUGCUCCUAUAUUUUCUUGUGCUAAAGUAAAUACGAAGGUAAAUUUCUAAUGUACAUUAAUAGAUGUUUAUAUAGUUCCCAAAACUCAUUCUUGAACUUCUUCAUUUUUUUAAAUUAAAUUUUUGAAUGUGGUGCUCUGAUGCAGAGAUUUCAUUUUGUAUUAACUAAUGAAUGAAGAAUGAGACUAGAAAAUUUAUUCACAAAUUGUAAGUUUAGGAUCCUAUUUGGAUGUCAAAAGACAGAAGUAUUACCAAAUAUAUUCUCUACAGAUUUUGUUCCAUAUUGGUAUGUGCAUGUUUGUUAUGUCAAAUGAUUUUUCUUUAGGAAAUUAUGCAAGAAAAGCAUACUUUUACCAUGGUAUCUAAUUGGAGUACUUGAUCAGUUUGGGGAUAAGUCAAGAUUUUCAGAUGGGGUUAGCUUUGGGAUGAGGAAACAACCUUGAUAAUUUAAACCAUGCCUUUUCCAGUCACCAUAAGUUGAUACCUAUGAAGGACAUACACUUCUCCAUAGGUCAAGUAACCAUGUGUUGGACACGGACACGCUUCACACACAUGCUGGACAUGCUGGAGACAAGUUGUGUCUUAUUUUUAUUUUUUAAAAAUAUUUUUACCGGAAUAGCAUACCCAAGAUUGAUGAAAUUGAUGAGAUUAAAUAUUUGACAUAAAAUAAGUAUAUAAUAUUAAAAAAAUAUGACAUAUGAUAACUAUAUAAAAUUAUAUAUUUUGAAUAUGUCAUGCAUUUUUUGAAAAUUUGCAUGUCCACAUGUGUCCAUGUCCAUGCUUCUUUGGUUGAGACUUUUAAGAUUGAAAUUAGUACUUUCUUGUGCAGAUCCAAAGUGAUAAGAUAAAUUGCUUUUAUAAUUUUUAACUAUUGUUCUUAAUGUUUUUUAUGGAAAGUUGUUGCGGUGCGCGCGGUGUAAAGGCCGUAGCAUAAUGGUUGUGGUAACCGGAACCGUGAUUUUUUUAUAUUUCACACAAUUUCAAAAAAUUUACCUAUAC